AUGAUUAGUGUAUCCAACAUUAAGCAAGCCGGCUUAAUACAACAUUGGGAAAUAAUACUUUACUGCGAGUUAUUUCACCUCGAUAUUGACCACAUAGAACAUAGUGCACAUAUUGAGGUUCAGGAACAAUCUCAAAUAACCCAGUUGCUUGCCACAACCAUGAUACGGCCGCUGAUAUUUAUUGCAACUAAUCAGACCGACAAUACAACCACGAUUAUUGGC